GUGGCAUAAAUGACGUGCCGAGAGAGCGAGCGAGCGCGCAGCCGGGAGAGCGGAGUCUCCUGCCUCCCGCCCCCCACCCCUCCAUCUCCUGCUCCUCCUCCGCUCCCCAUACACAGACACGCUCACACCCGCUCCCUCACUCGCACACACAGACACACGCGCGCACACAAGCUCCGCACACACGCUCCACUCUCCCGGGCGCUCACACCCCUCUCGCCCCGCGUCCUCGCCGGUGCCGCGCCGCGCCACAGCCGGACGUCCCCGCUGGGCUCUUUGCUACGCUGACAGCUCAGGCGGUGGCCGCGGAGGUGGGAAGAGCGGCGACAUCCUAACCCGCUGCUGGCGGCCGGAGCCAGGACGCCCGCAGAGCCUCCCGGCGGCGCUCUCCCAUGAGUUGGGAUCGCAGCAUCCCCCGCCAGCCGCUCGCCGCCUCCGGGAACCGUUGGGCUCGGACACCGCAGCCCUUCCGGGACAGCAGCUGUGACAUCCCCCAGUCCAGAUUUCGGGGCCCGCUCUCUAGAAACUCGCUCUAAAGACGGAACCGCCACAGCACCCAAAGCCCACUGCGGGAGAGCGCAGCCCGGCACGUCCGGGCUUUGAGCCUGGAUCCUCAGCAGAGCAGGGUAGCACCACAGUUGCUUCGCCUAGCCCUACGUCCCCGCUUCCUACACUCUCAGCCUCCGCUGGAGAGACCCCCAGCCCCACCAUUCAGCGCGCAAGAUACCCUCCAGAUAUGCCCUGCGUGCAAGCCCAGUAUAGCCCUUCGCCUCCGGGGUCCACUUAUGCAGCGCAGACGUAUGGCUCGGAAUACACCACGGAAAUCAUGAACCCCGACUACGCCAAGCUGACCAUGGACCUCGGCAAUACGGAGAUCAUGGCCAGCGCCACCACCUCCCUGCCCAGCUUCAGUACCUUCAUGGAGGGCUACUCGAGCAGCUGCGAACUCAAGCCCUCCUGCCUGUACCAAAUGCCGCCCUCCGGGCCCCGACCUUUGAUCAAGAUGGAAGAAGGCCGUGCGCACGGCUACCACCACCACCACCACCACCAUCACCAUCACCACCACCAUCACCAGCAGCAGCAGCAGCCAUCCAUUCCUCCUCCCUCGGGCCCCGAGGACGAGGUCCUGCCCAGCACCUCCAUGUACUUCAAGCAGUCCCCGCCUUCCACCCCGACCACGCCAGGGUUCCCCCCGCAGGCGGGGGCGCUGUGGGACGACGCGCUGCCCUCGGCGCCAGGCUGCAUCCCUCCGGGCCCGCUGCUGGACCCCCAGAUGAAGGCGGUGCCCCCGGUGACCAGCGCGCGCUUCCCACUCUUCCACUUCAAGCCCUCGCCGCCGCACCCGCCCACGCCCAGCCCGGCCGGCGGCCACCACCUUGGGUACGACCCAACGGCCCCGACCGCGCUCAGCCUGCCCCUGGGAGCCGCGGCCGCCGCCGGCAGCCAAGCUGCGGCUCUCGAGGGCCACCCGUACGGGCUCCCGCUGGCCAAGAGGACGGCCACGCUGACCUUCCCGCCGCUGGGCCUCACGGCCUCCCCUACCGCAUCCAGCCUGCUGGGAGAGAGCCCCAGCCUGCCCUCGCCACCCAGCAGGAGCUCGGCAUCUGGUGAAGGCACGUGUGCGGUGUGUGGGGACAAUGCCGCCUGCCAGCACUAUGGGGUGCGCACCUGCGAGGGCUGCAAGGGCUUCUUCAAGAGAACAGUGCAGAAAAAUGCAAAAUAUGUUUGCCUGGCAAAUAAAAACUGCCCAGUAGACAAGAGACGUCGAAACCGAUGUCAGUACUGCCGAUUUCAAAAGUGUCUCAGCGUCGGGAUGGUUAAAGAAGUUGUACGUACAGAUAGUCUGAAAGGGAGGAGAGGCCGGCUGCCUUCCAAACCAAAGAGCCCACUACAGCAGGAACCCUCUCAGCCCUCUCCACCGUCUCCUCCGAUCUGUAUGAUGAAUGCCCUUGUCCGAGCUUUAACAGACUCAACACCCAGAGAUCUUGACUAUUCCAGAUACUGCCCCACCGACCAGGCCACCGCAGGCACAGAUGCUGAGCACGUGCAGCAGUUCUACAACCUUCUGACGGCCUCCAUUGAUGUAUCCAGAAGCUGGGCAGAAAAGAUUCCGGGAUUCACUGAUCUCCCCAAAGAAGAUCAGACGCUACUUAUAGAAUCAGCCUUUUUGGAGCUGUUUGUUCUUCGACUUUCCAUCAGGUCAAACACUGCUGAAGAUAAGUUUGUGUUCUGCAAUGGACUUGUCCUGCAUCGACUUCAGUGCCUUCGUGGAUUUGGGGAGUGGCUCGACUCCAUUAAAGACUUUUCCUUAAAUUUGCAGAGCCUGAACCUUGAUAUCCAAGCCUUAGCCUGUCUGUCAGCACUGAGUAUGAUCACAGAACGACAUGGGUUAAAAGAACCAAAGAGAGUGGAGGAGCUAUGCAACAAGAUCACGAGCAGCUUAAAAGACCACCAGAGUAAGGGACAGGCUCUGGAACCUACGGAGCCCAAGGUCCUUCGAGCACUAGUGGAACUGAGGAAGAUCUGCACCCAGGGCCUCCAGCGCAUCUUCUACCUGAAGCUGGAGGACUUGGUGUCCCCGCCCUCUGUCAUUGACAAACUCUUCCUUGAUACCCUGCCUUUCUGAACAGGGACAUCCUGAGCAGAGAGCUGCUUGCUCUGCUGACACCUGAUCAUUAAGCAAGCAAAGGGAUGGGUCUGGACACCUACCAUUUUUUUGUCCCUCCUUCAGAGAAAAAGUAGCUCCCAUAGAAAGCAGAGACUUUUUUAUUUCCUGGCACCUUUCCUUACAGCUUAAAGCCAGAAAACUUGCAGAGUAUUGUGUUGGGGUUGUGUUUUAUAUUUAGGCUUUGGAGGGUGGGGUGGGAGGGUAUAUAGUUCAUCAGGCUUUUCUAAGAAAUUGCUAACAAAGCACUUUUGGACGAUGCUAUCCCAGCAGAGGGGAAAAAAGAAUAAUAUAACUGUUUUAAAACUCUUUUCUGGGGAAUAUAAUUAUGGUUGCUUUGUAUUUAAAAAAUAAGAAUAGCCAAGGGUUGCUCACCAGGGUAGGAUGUGUCUUAAGAGUGCUCCCUUUAGGAUAUACUUCCUGUAUCAAGGGAACAUACGUGGUGCAAACAAGGCAGAAAAUUCCCUUUUCUUAAUUUCUUUCUUCCUUUUUAAACAAAUGGCAAAAGAUGGAAGAUUAUCUACAAAUCAGACAGAACAAGAUGAUAAUGGCUGUUUGCUUCCAUAUACAAGUGCAAUUUUUUAAAGUGCUGUCUUACUAAGUCUUGUUUAUGAACUCUCCUUUAUUUUAUAUGGAAAUAAGGAGGUAGUCAUGUCAGCAAAUGACACGCUAAGUUUCCUAGCAAAGGCUCGAUUCACCUGCCCUGUAGAACCCUUCGGAGGUAUGGCCCAUCUGAGUCUUUUAGGCCAUUCUUGGAAUUUGAUCCCCGCCGACUAUCCAGCUAUCCUGAAGCAGGAUCAGAUUAUAAAAUGGAUUACAAACAACUGCUUUGACUGUGUUCUGUCAACCCGGACAGAGUUCUCUAAACUAACAUCAGUUGUAGCAACUUACUGAUUUCAUCCAUUCAAAAGCCCAAGGAGUGCUGGGUGAAUCAAUCAAGCAUUUGAUCCCAGAUGAAAACAUGCAAAUUAGUAGGAACUGGGUCAUACAGGGUAAGCACCAGAGAUAAGGAUAUAUUUGUUAUUGGUUAAAGAGACAGUUUUGGAGAGCAAGCAAGUCUUCUUUAAAAAAAAAUAGUGUUAAUGUAAGUCCUAGAAAAAGAUUAGUGGGCCGCGGUUCAACAUUCCGUGUUCGUAUUCCCUUUUGUAUGUUUAUACUGUUAAUGCCAUAUUAUUAUGAGAAUUUGUUGCAUAGUGUCCAUAUUUGUAUAAACAUUUGUAUGCACGUUAUAUUGUAAUAGCUUUGCCUGUAUUUAUUGUAAGACCACCAGCUUCUGGAGGCUGAGUUACAAAAUAAUCAAAUGGGGUGUUCAUGGUGACUUGGAUACACCAAUUAGAAAUUAAAUAAGCAUAUAUAUAUAUAAAUAUAGCAGGUUACAUAUAUAUUUAUAAUGUGUCUUUUUAUUAACCAUUUGUACAAUAAAUGUCACUUCCCAUGCCGUUAUUUUAUGGUUCAUUUGCAGUGACUUUUAAGGCAGUACUGUUUAGCACUUUGAUAUUAAAAUUUUGCUUAUGUUUUGCUAAAUUCAAAUAAUGUUUGAAGAUUUUUAGGUCUAAAAAGUCUUUAUAUUAUAUACUCUGUAUCAAGUUAAAAUACCUUUGGCCAUUUUGCUAAGAAACAAACUUUGAAUGUCAAACUGAUGCCGCAGUAGUUUUGUUAGCUUUAAAUCAUUUUUGCUUUAGUCUUUUAAAGGAAAAAAUAACAAAACUAUGCUGUUUAUAUUGUCAUUAAAUUAUACAAUCAAACAGAUGCCAAAUGAAUUACCUAAUUGCUGCAAAGUAUAACCCAGAUGACGAAUCAUAUCUCUUUUUUUUUUGCAAAUAAUUCUGAUAGUUGAUCAUGUAUUAUGUUUGUGUGAGCUUUUAUGAAAGAUUAUUAUUUUUAUAUCAAUAAGAUAGGGCCUAGAAUGUUAGGAUUUGGAAAUGUUAGACUUGGAAGGAGCCUGGGUUAUCAACUAGUCGGGUCUCCUGAAAUUCACAGAGGAGAAAACUGGGGCCGAUUGAAGGGUGAACAAUUACCCAGGGCCAAACAGCUAGCAACAGAAUCAAGACUAAGACUUAAUUCACCUUUCCACAGUCCUUUUCUUUCCCCCUCAACUCACUGCAUCUGUAAGAAGAUAGACUUUUAAACAUAACCACUGAUAUUAGUAUUUUACCUGAAGAUAGCCAUGAAUAAAGUAGUACUUUAUUUAUUAUUUAUUGCAUUAAUUUUUUGAGCUUAUAUGCAAACAUAAUAAACAUUAUUAAAUAUCAGGAAAGCUAACAUUUCACGCAAGAUCGCUUCAGACCAAAUUCAAAUUGAAUUUGCAUAAAUUAGAAGUACUGUGCAUACAUAACCUUCUUGUGCACCGUGAGUAUUCAGAAAGUUAAUCCUGUUUCUGUCAUAUCUGUGGCACAAAAGCAAAGAAAAAAACAAAAAAACACAGAGUCGUAGAGAAAUGCUGUUCCUAUUUAUUUUCACACCCAUCGGAUUUAAGGGAAAGGACUGUUGAGGUGUCUGUCUACUGGUUUGAAGAAAUGAUGAAGCUGUUUUUAAUUAUAGGUUCAGACACUAGUUCUGAAAAGAAAGAUUAUAUAUAGCCAGUGUUCUUCUGUCUUCCAUAGUUGUUAAACUAUGAGAGCCUCCCAAGUCAUCCAGCAACUCAACUCCUUUUUUUCUUAAUGUUGACACACAAGUGUACUCAGAGUAGAUGGCACACUAGCUCCGAAGAGGCCAAGAAGCAUUAAAGCAGGUGAUUCUUCCCCUUGAGGGAGCGCUCUCUCAGUGUGAACCCGCCCUCAGCGGGCAGAAAUCAGGAACUCACCCGCUGUUAAUGGAGAGUGCCUUGCUUUUAUUUCAGACAGCCAAGUUUCCCUGAGACCCUCUCCUCUAACAGCAUUGCUCUUCAGUGUGUGUUAACCUGUAGUUUGAAAGAAAUGCUCUUGUACAUUAACAAUGUAAAUUUAAAUGAUUAAAUUAAAUCACAUUUUACCAGUG